UUAGGCCUUUUCUGUUUUUGCGCUUUUCGCUGUUUGAUGUUGCAUAUGUAAAAGGAUCAUAGAAGGGACAGCACAGCCAUUAUUGUUGUUGUGAAACAAGGAGACGGGUUCUCUUACAAACAUGGAAGAGGAGAAUAUUGGGCAGCCAUUGUUGAAGAAGCAUUAUUAUGAGAACUGCCCUGGUUGUAAGGUGGAUAAAGCCAAAGAGCUCAAAACAGAUGUUUCCCUUAGAAACCUCUUGAACAUAUGGAUGGUCGUGUUAUGCAGCUCGCUGCCUAUAUCAUCUCUCUGGCCUUACCUUUAUUUCAUGGUAAGCGAUUUUAAUAUUGCAGAAAGAGAGGAAGAUAUAAGUGGAUAUGCUGGUUAUGUGGGAUCUGCAUUCAUGCUUGGCAGAGCCAUAACAUCUUUAUUGUGGGGAAUAAUAGCUGAUCGCUAUGGUAGAAAACCUGUUGUGAUUGUAGGGAUUAUUUUUGUCAUCAUCUUCAACACACUAUUUGGCCUUAGCACAAGUUUUUGGAUGGCUGUUAUUAUGCGAUUUCUUCUUGGAAGCUUGAAUGGUUUGCUUGGACCAAUGAAGGCUUAUUCUUCCGAAAUUUUUCGAGAAGAACACCAAGCUCUAGGACUCUCAACUUUCAGUGCAGCUUGGGGCAUAGGUUUGAUCAUUGGGCCAGCACUGGGAGGUUAUCUGGCUCAGCCAGUUGAGAAAUACCCACAUCUAUUUCCAAAGGAUUCCUUUUGGGAUAAGUUUCCAUACUUCUUGCCCUCAUUUGUGAUAUCAGUAUUUGCAUUUGUAGUAGCAAUUGCCAGCAUCUGGCUUCCGGAAACACUACACAACCACCCUCAAAGCAGUGAGUCCACUGAAGACACUGAAGCUUUAGAAAAAGGAAGCAGUGGGGCUGACAAAUACAACAUAAUCCAAAAAGAUGAAAACCUCUUCCUAAACUGGCCCUUAAUGUCAUCUAUCAUUGUUUACUGUAUCUACUCACUUCAUGAUGCUGCUUAUCAAGAGGUUUUCUCAUUAUGGGCUGUUAGUCCUCGAAGGUUGGGAGGUUUGAGCUUCACAACUGAUAAUGUUGGUAAUGUUCUUGCAAUAACAGGUAUUAGUCUAAUAAUAUACCAGCUUUCCCUAUACCCAUCAUUGGAAAAAGCUUUUGGACCUGUUAGAUUUGCUCGUGUCACUGGGGUGUUAUCUAUACCUCUCUUGCAAAGUUACCCCUUCAUUGCAAUGUUGUCAGGCUUCACACUGAACCUAGUGAUAAAUAUUGCUUCGGUUGUGAAAAAUAUUCUUACUGUGACCAUUAUAACUGGUUUAUUCCUUCUGCAAAAUAGAGCAGUGGAACAACAUCAAAGAGGGGCAGCUAAUGGCAUUUCUAUGACUACUAUGUCAAUAUUCAAAGCAAUUGGCCCUGCUGGAGGAGGUGCAAUAUUAACUUGGUCACAAAAGCGGUUGGAUGCUUCUUUCCUCCCUGGCACCCAUAUGGUCUUCUUUCUCCUGAAUGUUGCUGGAGGAAUUGGAGUGCUCUUAAUGUUCACACCAUUCCUCAGUUUAAAGAAGAAAACACCAUCUGUGCAGUUGCACUGAUAUCAACAAAUUUUGCAUAUUUGGGAUUUCAAUGCCUUCUUUCUUUUCUGAUCAUCUCAUAUGCUUCAUUUCUCUGCUCACAUUUUUUUUUUGAGGGUGUCCAACUGAUUAUCAUUAUUUACUAAACA